CUGAUCCAUCCAUCUCCAUCCCCAUCCCGUGACCCGUGCACGCCGCCGCUUCAAGUCCUAACAAGCCGCAUCGCAUCGCAUGCGUGUGCUGUCCGACCGCCAUCUCCGCAGCCGGCUGGCCUAGCUACCUCACCUCACCUCACGCAGGCACACUGCACACACACCCAUGGUGGUGGCGGCGAUGCGGCGGCCGUGCGCUGUGCCAGCGCUGCUGGUGGCGGCGGCGACGGCGACGCUAGUGCUUCUGCUGCUGCUGUCACCGUCGAGCGCGCAGCCGGUGCCGUCCCCGGCGGCGGCGCCGGGCCCCGCGGGCGGGACCGGGAUCGACUCGGCGUGCCUGAACUCGCUGCUCAACAUGUCGGACUGCCUCCCGUACGUGAGCCAGGGGAGCACGGCGCGGCGCCCCGACGCGCCCUGCUGCCCGGAGCUGGCGGGCCUCGUCGGCUCCAACCCCGUCUGCCUCUGCGAGCUCCUCUCCGGCGCCGCCGACUCCUACGGCAUCGCCGUCGACUACGGCCGCGCGCUCGCGCUCCCCGGGGUCUGCCGCGUCGCCACACCGCCCGUCUCCACCUGCACAGCCCUCGGAUAUCACGUCCGCGUGGGCCCAGCUGCGGCGCCCAUGUCAGGGUCUCCCUCGCCCAUGUCAGGCAUCUCUCCCUCCGGGGAGGGCCCACAGUUCCCAGGAACAUCGCCGACCGCCUCGCCGCCGUCCUCGACCAGCACCGCGGCGCGCCGCUCCUCCGCCGGCGCGGGCAGCCACCUCGUGGCCCUCGCCAUGCUGCCGUUGGCCGCCGCCGUCAGCGGGAUGCUCUAAGGUCGACGACUCCUUCGUCUCCGCAUGCAUUGCGCAGCUGGACAUUGUUGCGUAGUAUAAGCUUUCACUGUGUUUUCUAUUCUAUGCUGCCUCUGUUGUACUAUACACAUACCGCGGACUCGAUCGAUUAUCAUAAGGCGUUAGCCUUGCUUCUUGCCAGCCGAGAUGAGAAUGAGAAUACAUGCAUGUCAUGUCCCGUUCAUGUCU